CGAACCUCUUACCGUAACCGUGUUGCGCGGCGCGCUGGGCGGUGCCGUUCCCUUGAUCGCCAUACUUGCACAGGAGCGCAGAGCGACGGACGCACUUACUUCAAAGGCACCUGAAAUCACUACUACAUUAAAUAUAAAGACAUGGCUGAGGAUGACAUGACUCCGGAGCAGCUAGCAGCCAUUGCUGCCGAAAACGAAGAGCCAGAGGCGGUGAACUACAAGCCACCAGCCCAAAAGUCAUUGAAAGAGAUCCAGGAGCUGGAUAAGGACGAUGAUAGCCUCCGCAAAUAUAAGGAAACCCUUCUUGGCCCUGGGGCAUCUGCGGCUGAUCCCACUGUUGCCAAUGUCCAAGUGACCCGGAUGACUCUGAUCUGUGAAACUGCCCCAAACCCGCUGGUCCUGGACCUGCAAGGAGACCUGGAAGCCUUUAAAAAGCAGGGGUUUGUUCUAAAGGAGGGCGUUGAAUACAAAAUAAAGAUCAGCUUUAAGGUGAACAUGGAGAUUGUUUCGGGUCUGAAGUAUGUGCAGCAGACAUUCAGGAAAGGAAUUAAGAUUGAUAAGUCAGACUACAUGGUGGGCAGCUAUGGGCCUCGGCCCACUGAAUAUGACUUCCUGACCACGAUGGAGGAGGCUCCUAAAGGCUUGGUGGCCCGCGGCAACUACGUCAUCAAAUCCAAGUUUACUGAUGACGACAAGCACGACCACCUGUCCUGGGAGUGGAACCUCAACAUCAAGAAAGACUGGAAAGACUAAAAGAGGCCUUUGUGUUUGAGGGCAAGGGAAUCAAAAAUCCCCCAGCCCUGUAUGUUCCUCAGCCCCCCUCCCAUCCCCCGGCCUGCGUCCACCAUUUCUGCCUUUAUUGUUUUUACUUUGUUGUGCAUUUCAUGCCUUAGUUACUGCCUGUCUGUUUAAAACCCAACAUCCCUCCCACCUCUCUGCCAUCCUCUGUAACAGCAUCCGUAGCAGCACCCCCCCCCCCCAAAAAAAACAACAACAACCACAUCCGUCCGUCUAACCUCCCUAUCUGCACACAAGCUACUUCUGUUCACCAACCUGCCAUCCCCAAUCACUGACCCCCCCACCCCACUGAGCUGUGCCAUGUAGCACCUUAACUUCCUCCCCCCCAGCCCUGCUUUUCUUUUGUCCCGGAUUUUUGCUGCUUGAAGAGAUUAACCCCGCCUUCCUUCCACCUCUCCAGAAUGGUGUGUUCCUCUCUCAGUAUGAAGUACAUGUGAAAAAGCAACUGUACAAUCAACUUUCUUUUGCCUUUUUUUUUUUUAUAUAAUCGUAUCAAUGGUUGUGUAAUGUGACUGUAUUCAUAUCACUGUUAAUCAGCUGUUGUGUCCAUAGCAGGCCCCACCACAUCCACCUGCCCCUCCUUCCACUCACUACGGCUUUCCUUUGCUUGCUGUCUUUUGAUAUAAUUACCAAUACCUGCCUUGUAAGAAAAUUAAUUCUGAGCUGCUCUACGGCGCCUCUCGCCCUUCCCCAAAUGUAUUUCCCCACUCUCCUUCAAAAAUGGGGGCUGGGGCCAAAAUGAACAAGGGAGUAAAAAAGUACAAGGGUAAAAAAAAAGCUGCCUUAUGUCUAAACCUAUUAAUGUCUAUUUAGCAUGCCUUGCGAGUACAAGUAGUGCUUGUUAUCAGGUAGUCUGUAUAUCAAGGGCUUACUUUGCUACCAACCAACCAAUCUGUAGCCCUGUUGUAGUAGAGACUGCGUAUACAGGUUAGUCAGAUACAGGCUCUGCAAAAAAUACUCGCCUUGUAAUUGGAGGGGACUGAAUGAAUCGGAGAAUACAUACCAAACCCAGUGAAAAUCAAUAUUGAUCAAUCUCGGCACUCUUAUUCCUUUUAGCCACGAGGCCUUAGCACUAACUAUGAUCAUGUAGAGAAAAACAACAUUUCUAAUUAAACCUUUUUUUAAUUUGUUGUUUCCCUUUUGCCUUAAUGUACAUCAUUCCCCAUACAACGCCCCCCUCGCUCAUUCAGAUUGCUUCAUAACUCGUAGCCUGCAGUCAGGAGAUCCCAGGUGUGGAGGAGUAGUACCAGAGAAAGCACAGGAGGAGGCUGAGCCAGGCACCGCCUGCUGCUGCCGGAGACCUCGGCGGUGUCUGCUCUCACCCACAGACAGACGCUGGUAGUGAAGAGGGAAAACCGACCAGCCUUUUUACCCAGUGAGUCUAAGGGUCAGGUGACACUAGCAGAGAAACACGCUCUAUAUUUAAUGAGAGAAGAGGAGGGUUUUGAAACACAACUGACCAGAAACAUUUGAUUGAAAUCGACUCGUACUGUACCAGAACAUAUGGAUGUAAAACUUUGUUUUUGUUUCUUCUGAUAAUAACUGUCCCUGCUCCAUACAUUCCUUCACAUUGUACAGUUUCUAUGAAAACGCUGGCAUGCUGGUGGGGUUGUAUAUUCUAUCAUCAUUUGUGAUUGCUCUUAUCGGCCAAUAAAGAUUUUGCUCAA